AUGCGAGGGACACUGUUGUGCUGGGCAAGUGUGAUCGCCCAAGCUGCGGCGCAUGGGAAUCAUGCGCAUGUGCCGACAAAGCAACAGGCAAGCGAGCCCGUGGAUGGGUGGCUGUGGCUCCAUAUUGCGAUGGAGGCCGGAGCGUGGGCUGUCUUGUUUCCGCUGGCCAUGGUGCUGGGUCUCGUACGGCAUAGGUUUCACGUGCCUCUGUCUAUCGCGGCCGUAGUCAUCUCGCUCACUGGCUUCAUCUUUGGUCAGCACCAUGGUGGUCGUCAGUUUAAGCAUACAGUCCACGGCACCUUUGCAGGUGUGCUUUUCUUUCUCCUUCUAGCCCAGGCGGCGUGUGGUGUGUACCUUCGCUUGCACCUUGCGUGGUCGAGAGAACGCUAUGUUCGGCCUGUGGUCCUCGUUAUCCAUGGUGUGCUAGGACGCGCAUUCCCCGUCGUCGGAUGGGCGCAGAUGGUGUUUGGCAUCGCGACACUGCAGUCGUGGUGUGAAGGCGGACACUUGAAUCAAUGCCUCGCGCACUACAUUAUGGGCUCAGCCUUUACUGCCUACUCUGUCAUCCUGCUGAUCAUGAUGAAGUGCGCCGUCGAGUGGCUCCGGCGCCGCGGCUGCGCGCAAGAGUACCUUGACUCGUGGGUGAUUUUCAUAUGGGGCAUGAUCAAUACCUUUACCGAGCACCAGGGCGGACCAUGGACACACAAGGACCUGCAGCACACACUUAUGGGCGUCGUAUGGUGGGCUGGUGGUGCUGCAGGCGUCUGGCUGAGUCGAAAGGGCCAACGCUCCGUCUUACCCGCGGUCAUCAUCAUGCUCACGGGCUGGGCCAUGAGCGGACACAAGCAGGCGGUAGCUAUAUCCACCCACAUCCAUGCUUUGUUUGGCUAUGCACUCAUGGCCGGUGGCGUCUGCCGCAUCAUUGAGAUUUGCUUCGUGCUCCGUGAUGCCCCAAGUGGCACCGUGGAUCGUCCCACCGUACCUGGUGCAUGGUUCCCAGUGAGCGUGUUUCAGUAUCUGCCUCCCUUCCUCCUUGUCGCUGGAGGGAUCAUGUUCAUGAGCGCUACAGAUGAGGAAAUGCGCUGGGCUGAUGCCAAGGGCAUUGACUAUGUGACGUGGGGCCUCAUUGACUUUUCCGUGGCAUUUUUAUUGUUUCUGUGGUUCAACAUUCUUAUCGAUACCUAUGUCGGCUAUGGCGGCCGGUAUGGUCUGUCAGGCGAGCGCCCGAAAGAGCCACAACACUUUUUCUCUUACUCAAACAUCGAACAGGGCCUUUCCACUAACAACGAUGUGGUAGCGAUGGAGUCUUUUGACGUACCCGAGCAUGCUCCAUCGCAGCCUUCGCAGCAACCGCCGCCACCACCACGGCUUUAUGCACCACCACCCACGACGCACAUCCUCGAAGACCAGGAUCCGUUCGAUGAUACCGAAAUAUCGUAG